GGCAGCAUAUGUGUGAGAAAAAAAAACACAUUCAUUCAAACGUCCGUAUUCAUUUUGCUUUCAGCACCCUGUUCGUGCCAACUGACAUGUGGAUAUUCUUCUGCUUUUCUUUUACCGUAAUGUUACCCAACCGCCUUUACCAUCUACCACCGUAUCUGCGCCAAUAUAUUCAGACAUUGCGUAGCAUCUUGUCUUGAUGCAUCACGCAGUUUUUGUAUUUUUAAGCUUCACCCGGAAAACAAUUUUUUUCGUUACCAGAAAAUAUUCAAAUUUUAUUUUAUUUUUUUCUAAUAAUUCUAGCCGAUUUAUGGAAAUAAGUCCAUGGCAAUCGUCUGAUAAAUAAAUCUUAUUGUUGUAUUUACUAUACUGAUAUAACAAUAUCAGUAUUGUAACUGUACAAUAAGUGUUUUGUGAAUUAGUUGAUUGUACAAUAAUUGUGUAUCAUGAUGCUGAAAACAGCCCAUUUAAUCGACAGCACGACUACCCGACUGGAUUAUAUGAGUUCUCUCGACAUAGAUAAUGAAAAUCAGUUUUUUCGUCUAUCGAGUAUUAUUUGUACUAUCGGACCAGCGUCUAUUGCAGUUGACACCCUCGAAGAAAUGAUCAAUUCCGGUAUGAACAUAGGCCGCUUAAACUUUUCUCAUGGUUCCCAUGAUUACCAUGCGAAUACUAUAAAAAAUUUCAGGAAAGCCACUGAAAACUACAGUAAAAAAGUUGGCAUUCAUCGACCAAUGGGCAUAGCUUUGGAUACAAAGGGACCCGAAAUCAGAACUGGUAUAUUGGAAAAUGGCGUUUACGCCGAGAUUGAGUUAAAAAAAGGUGAUCAGAUACGUUUAACUGCCGACAAAGAGUUUGAAUAUCGAGGAUCGGCCACCGAUAUUUAUGUAGACUAUCCAAAUAUUGCAAAAGUAGUGAAACCAGGCAAUCGAGUUUUUAUUGACGAUGGUUUUAUUUCAUUGAAGGUCAAACAAAUCGGUAGCAAUUAUAUAGUUUGCAUUAUUGAAAGUGGCGGAUUGUUAGGAAACCGCAAAGCAAUCUAUCUACCGGGCGUACCUGUGGAUCUACCUACUGUGUCUGAAAAAGACAAAAAUGAUUUGAGAUUUGGUGUCGAGCAAGGGGUAGACAUGAUAUUUGCUUCAUUCGUUCAAAAUGCUUCGACUGUCAAUGAAAUUAGAAGCGUUUUGGGCGAAGACGGGAAAAAUAUUCUUAUAAUAUCUAAAAUUGGAAGUCGUCAAGCAAUUAGAAAUUUAGAAGAAAUUAUUAAGGUUUCUGAUGGUAUAAUAAUUGUCCGAAGCGAUUUAAGCAUUGAAAUUUCACACGAACAAAUUUUUUUAGCACAAAAAGCUAUAAUUGCUCAAUGUAACAAGGCCGGUAAGCCAGUGAUAUGUGCUAGUCAAAUGUUACAAUCGAUGAUUAAUAUACCUCGAGCUUCUCGAGCCGAAACGUAUGACAUUGCUAAUGCAAUUUUAGACGGUGCAGAUUGUGUCAUGUUAUCAGAAGAAACAGCUAAAGGAGUAUACCCUUUGGAAUGUGUCAGAGCAAUGGCUACUAUCUGUAAAGAGGCCGAAACAGCCAUUUGGCAAAAACAGUUAUUUAUAGAUCUGUCAUCUUCUGUUAACUUGCCUCUGGAUGCUUCUCAUACUACCGCUAUUGCUGCGGUAGACGCGGCCAACAGGAGUAAAGCUGCUGCAAUUAUUGUACUCACAUCUUCUGGCACCUCAGCUCAUCUUAUUUCAAGAUACCGUCCUCGUAGUCCAAUAAUAGCCAUAACACGAAACGUUCAAGUAGCUCGCCAGUGUCAUAUUUAUCGCGGCGUUUUCCCAUUACAUUACAAUGAACCUACAUUACCAGAUUGGCUUAAAGAUGUAGAUCGACGUGUAAUAUAUGCAAUUAAGUUUGGUAAAGGUCACGGUUUCAUCAAAACUAGUGAUCCUAUUGUAGUUGUCACUGGUUGGAAAAAGGGUAUGGGGUAUUCGAACACUUUAAGAAUUUUAUAUGUACCACAACACGAAGAUUCUUUUAUAUUAUCAUUAUUGUAGUCACUUAAAAAAAAAAAAAUAUUUUAAAAACUAUAAUUGCUAUUAUGAAAGAAAAAUUUUUUAUAAAACUUCAAAAAAUGAUUGUUAAAUGAUUCAU